AUGGGCGACAGCCCGGUGCUGGCGUGGCAUCCGGACUGCCUGUGGCUGGCCUCCGUGUGCCAUGGCCAUGUGGCGGUUCACAGCUUUGGGGAUGGCCUGGUGAGCGAGACCUCCACAGAGCACCUCCACGCCGAGAUGCGGCCCUUGGCCGCUGCCUGGCAGCCCUGUGACCUCCAGGGGUCCCUGGCAGUGGCGGGGACCACCUUCUUGGCGCUUUGGCGGCGCACAGCCGGCAGCUGGCUGCGGGUUUGGGCCCAGGGGGAGGCCUUCGGAUCCUCCGCGCUCAGCUGGUCCCCGGACGGCCGGGUGCUGGCGGCCGCGGCGGCGCCCAACGCGGUGCACAUCCUGGGGCCGCACAGCGAGCUCACCGGCGAGGCGCUACCCAGUCACUUCAUUCGCCUCAGACGCUGGUCUGGUGGAGGCGUGCUUCGCCUCGCCUGGUCGCCUGAGAGCACGCUGCUGGCGGCCCUGCACAGCGAGCCCAUGGUGCGGCUCUGGAAGACGCGGACCUGGGAGGUUGCUGCUCACGUGAGCCUGGGCUGGAUUCCUGCGGGCCUGCCAGGCUUCUCGCUGUCCUGGCUGGACGGCGACACCCUUCUGGCCACCGGCGGCCACCUCGUGCAGAUCGGCGUAGGCAGCCCCGGCGCGGUGAACGCGACCAACGCCCACCUGGGCCAGGAUUCCGGGCUGUUUGCCUGGCUGUCUGGCGCGGAGCCAGUGGUGCGGGCGCUCCCGCUGCCACAGGAGGGCGCGGUGCAGGAGGUGGCGGUGUGUCCUCGCACGGCCCAGCGGGUGGCGGUGCGCCAGGACAAUCAUCGGGAUGUGCUCAUCUUUGAGCGCGCGACUUGCGGGCUGGCGGGCUGGUCCCACCGUGAGCUGACACCCUGCGGGCGCCUGGCGGCGCCCGGCGCCACGCCCCUGGCGCUGAGCUUCGCGGCGCACCGCCCGCGCCUGGACGAGGGCAGCGCCACGGAAGGUUCGCUUCUUGCGGUCUACUGGCAGUUUGACGACGGCCGGGGCGAGGUGCGCACCUAUCCCUUUCACUUCUUGCCAGCCAAGCUCCUGCAGGCCAGCGCCGCCACGAGCGCGCUCUUCUAG